UCUCCCUGGGGUAUGGCUAUGUUAAUUUUGUUGAUCUCGCUGAUGGUAGGUGAACUUAAACUUGUAAUCAGAUCCAUUCUGUGUAACUGGCUUUACGGAAACAGGUUGGUUACAAUUUGAAAUGCAACAAUUGUAACAUAUGUAUGGCCCAUCAAAAACUAACAUGAACCCCCACUUUUAGCUGAGAAUGCCCUAGAAAACCUCCUCUUCCAGAUGCUUAUUGACAGGCCCAUGAGGAUCAUGUUUUCCCAGCGAGAUGCUACACUGAGGAAGACCGGGAUCGGUAACAUCUUUAUUAAGGGUCUGUCGAAGAGCAUCAAUAGCCAGGCUCUCCAAGAAACCUUCUCUUCCUUUGGUGACAUCCUCUCGUGCAAGGUGGUCUGUAAUAAGAACGGCUCCAAGGUGUAUGGCUACGUCCACUUUUCCACCUACGAGGCUGCAGAGUUGGCCAUUAGGAAACUAAACGGCAUGAUGUUAAAUGACCAAAUAGUGUCUAUUUGCCACUACAAAUUAUUUGAGGAGCGCCAGGUUGAGCGCAUGUCCAGUUCUGAGACAAGGAAUCAGGACCACCAGAGGCAGUACCCGGGUGUGAGUCUCUAUGUGUCCAAUCUGCCGUACAAUAUGCACGACGAGCAGCUCCGCACUGCAUUUUCCCCCUUUGGAACUGUCAUCAGUUCAAAGGUGAUGAUGGAGAACGGGCGGAGCAAAGGUUUUGGAUUCGUGGCCUUCCUCUCAGCUGAAACUGCCACUAAGGCUGCUGAAAAAAUGAAUGGCCGCGUUGUUGGCGGCAGGUUUUUGCGUGUUGUCCUGUCUCGGCACAACCAGGGGAAGUCCCGACCUGGCAACAAUGAGCAUGAGAAUGAGUCGCCACCUCCUGCUCUGCGCCCCACCCCACCUGAUGUGCCUUCUGGACAGUUUGUGGCCACUGUUCCUCAGGUUCCCGACUCCACGAGUGUCUGUGCUGUUAACCAGCUGGUGCAGCUCCAAACAAACUCUCGACAGGCUGCAGUGGGUGUUCUCCCUCAGGGUGAGAGUCUCCGCCCACUGAUCUCUGCAGCCCUAGUGGAUGUUUUGAACUCCGAGCUGCCGCGCCUGCUGAUAUCAGAAACUCUAGACUUCAAGGUGAAUGAAGUCGUGUCUUCGUUUGACACUUGCCAAACUAUUGAGGCAACCCUGACGUCACAGAGCAAACACCACCCCAGACGUCAGCUCGCCCUGCCUGCACUGAGUCCUGAUCCGCAGGUGAAUGAAGUUGUGUCUUUGUUUGAUGCUUGUCAAACUAUCGAGGCAACCCUGGCAUCACAGGUACAGAACCAACGCCACCCCAUACUUCAGCUCGCCCUGCCUGCACCGAGUCCUGCUCCACAGGUUCCCGACUCUGUUUGUGUUUGGCACACUACCAAGGUGCCGCAGCUCCAACCAAGCUCUCGACAGGCUGCAGUGGGUGUUCUCCCUCAGGGUAAGAGACUCCACCCACUGAUCUCUGCAGCCCUAGUGGAUGGUUUUAACACCGAGCUGCCGCGCCUGCUGAUAUCAAUAACUCUAGACUUCAAGGUGAAUGAAGUCAUGUCUUUUUUUGACGCUUGUCAAACUAUCGAGGCAACCCUGACAUCACAGGCACAGAACCAAGGCCACCCCAGACGUCAGCUUGCCCUGCCUGCACCGAGCUCUGAUCCGCAGGUUCUCGACUCCAUGAGUGUCUCUCCUGUUAACCAGCUGGCACAAAUCCAACGAAGCUCUCAAUGGGCUGCAGCGGGUGUUCAACCUCGGGGUGAGAGUCUCCGCCCACUGAUCUCUGCAGCCCUAGUGGAUGUUUUGAACUCCGAGCUGCCGCGCCUGCUGAUAUCAGAAACUCUAGACUUCAAAGUGAAUCAAGUUGCAUCUUUUUUUGACGCUUGUCAAACUUUCGAGGCAACCCUGAUGUCACAGGUACAGAACCAACACCAUCCCAGACGUCAGCUCGCCCUGCCUGCACCGAGUCCUGAUCCACAGGUUCACAACUCUGUUUGUGUUUGGCACACUACCAAGGUGCCGCAGCUCCAACCAAGCUCUCGACAGGCUGCAGUGGGUGUUCUCCCUCAGGGUGAGAAUCUCCACCCACUGAUCUCUGCUGUCCAAUCGGAUGUUUUUAACUUCAAGCUGGCGCAUCUGCUGCUAUCAGUAACUCUAGACUACAAGGUGAAUGAAGCAAUGCUUUUGUUUGACACUUGUCAAACUAUCAAGGCAACCCUGACUUCACAGAACCAACGUCACCCCAGACAUCAGCUCGCCCUGCCUGGACCGAGCCCUGAUCCACAGGUGAAUGAAGUAAUGCUUUUGUUUGACCAGUUUCAAACAAUCAAGGCCACUCUGAUGUCACCAAACAAACGGUACCCAAGACGUCAGCUCGCCCUGCCUGGACCGAGCCCUGAUCCGCAGGUGAAUAAAGUAAUGCUUUUGUUUGACCAUUGUCAAACAAUCAAGGCCACUUUGACGUCACCAAACAAACGGUACCCAAGACGUCAGCUCGCCCUGCCUGGACCGAGCCCUGAUCCGCAGGUUCCCAACUCUGUUUGUGUUUGGCACACUACCAAGCUGCCGCAGGUCCCAUCAAGCUCUCGACAGGCUGCAGUGGGUGUUCUCCCUCAGGGUGAGCGUCUCCACCCUGUGAUCUCUGCAGCCCUAUUGGAUGGUUUGAACUCUGAGCUGCCACGCCUGCUGAUAUCAGUUCCUUUUAACUGCAAUGUGAAUGAAGUGAUCUUGUUUGACCAUCGUCAAACCACCGAGGCUAACCUGACGUCAGAUGAUCUGAACCAGCGCCACCACAGGCAUCAGAUCGCUCUGCCUGCACCGAGCCCUGUUCAAGCUACUGAAGAUGUUCUCAACAACUCAGCAGAUUCAACUGAUGAUGUCCAGAAGUCUACUAUCCAUUCACAGAGCUCACAACCGACAAGACCUGUGUCCACAAAGUUUCUUGAAAAACUGUCUGCAUUACAUUUAGCAUCUCAGACUCUUCACAUCACGCCUGAUGAUGCAGAUGACUUCAAGAAAUCAGGAAUUAUGAGAGCGGUUCCUGAACAGCAACAGUCGAAAGACUCAAGUACUUCUCCAUUGUUGGGAGGCUGGCUCAUAAAGUCUUUAGAGAGCACAUUCACAUCAGGUCUGAGCUGCCCCACAUCCUGGACCAUUCUAAGUCUCUACGCCUUAAGGAGAAUGAAGUCCAGAAUAAUGUCCUGAUGACCAUAUAAGAAGAAGAAUAAGAAGAGAAAGACGUUACACUUCGCACCCAGAAAUACUUUACAUAUCACAGUGUGAAAGAAAGCCUGGACUUAGGAAGACUGAUGUGGAAGAUGUGGUUCUUCUUUGAUCCAGAUAACUCUUUAUACAUGGUGAGCGUCACCUAAAGCAGGCGCCUCACUAGCAGACUCCAAACAACUCGAUUUUGGCGGGUGUCACACAUGCAGACUGUUUUGUUGAGACUUUGCUCUCUUCAGUCGGAGGUAUGACAUAUUUGCCAAUAAAAAAUGGUGGCGUCGUGACAAACAUACCAACUCACUGCAUCUCUCUCUUUCUGAUUCCCUGUCACAUGGAGCUUGCAACAGGAUAACAACAGGAUUAUUGCAUGAUUUUGGCAGUUUUCAGACCUGUAGCUUGAUUGAUUUGUUCCAGAACAAGAUAAAAUGCUUGGUGACAGAAUCACUAUGGAUUAAAGUCAGCGUUUGUGAUGAUAUGCAGCUGAGGGUAAUGAAAAUUGGUCAGAUCAGCUUGAUGCCUUGUUAGCUCCUCAGGAAAAGAAGAAAAUCACUGGUCACUUGACGAGAACACAGGACCUCGCCUUGGUGACGGAACAAUUCUUUCUAACCAUUUUGAUGUCCUUUUCUGUGGCUGGAACUAUGAACUCAGCAGGCAGUCCAGACAGUCAAGUGAUUAAUGUCCUCUCGCUGAAAGAUGCGUCGUACAUCGUCUCUCUCCGCCCAGCCAUUGAUUAUGUCAAUGAAGCUCACACCUGAAAAUCACUGGAAAAAUUAUCUAGUGGAGCACCGGCUUAAGAGAACCAAAACAAAACAAGUGAUCUUAGAAUUAAUUGUUGCAUGUGUGUCUACUGCAUUAUUGUAUGUAUUUUUGUACUGUCUUUAUCACUAUAACAAUUUUGGUAAAGAGUUCAAAAAUUGAUCAAGUGAUUCUGCAUUAAAUGCAUUUUAAGUUAUGUAUAAUUAUGAAUGGGGGGGGUUGGGUGGCACCUGAGACUCGUAGUGACGGAUUAAUUGACAGCUGCUGUCAGACUCUAUGUUAUUAUUAUUCCUCACACGGUCGCAAGACGACAUGUACAUGAAUCUGGCGUGGUGAGCUGGAACCUGCUUACGUCAGCUGUCACCGCUUACGUCACGAAGUACCGCAACAGCCAAUAGGAAAAUUCAACUGCAGUAGCCACCGUUCAACCUGAAGAGGGCAGCACUCAGACGUUUUUACACCAUAUAUUGUAGAAUUAAAACACUUUAUACACAAAUGUCAAAAAAAUUACUUAAAUCAAUGACCAGUACUAAUAAAGCCCCAUGCUUACAGAUCAUUAACUAAAAAAAGUUGGUUUAGGGUUUAGUUACCCUUUAAGUAACGUACAUGAACCUACUAUUUGGGUUCAAUAUGAGUGAAUCAGCUUGUGUAGUUUUCAUAAUCAUACUGAACUGGCAAUGGCAACAAGACAAGCUUGUACCUGCCUUGUCCAAUCUCUGCUUUUCUGAGAGCAUAACCUCAGGCUUUGUGAUAAUGUUUUUAAACUUGAGUGAUAAAUUGGACCAGGGAAAUAUGAUGACAACAUCAAACACUAUUGUGCUUAAAUCUGCCAACAUAGAUUGACACCUCAGUUACUCAACUUCGUUGCUUAUCACUGUUACCAUCAUGUUUACGCCAAGGCAGCAGGACUUUUACAAGUAGUUUUGUCAGAUGGGCUGCUAGCAUGUUUCCACAGGCAGCAGAGAAUGCCACAGCCACGUUUGAAAUCUUUCACGUGGCCGCAAUUGCGCUGUAGGCAAUGUAGUAUGGUCUAAAUAAGAUUCACAUUGGCUCGACCUAUAAUAACCACAUGGUUUCUUGCUGACAUUGCUGCUUGUUAUUGAAUGACUGAGAUGUGAUUGUUCUCUAUCCAUGUGUAUUAUAAUCAGCAGUCUGAAAACUAAAUUGACAAGUGUGAGUUGGCGGGAGGAGGUACCAAUCAGCAAACGCUCAGAUUCUUGCAUAAUCAGACCUGUUUCAAAUGCCAAAAUUAGCUGAUGAAGGACUUUGUGCAGACAAGCAAUAACAAAGAGAUGGGCAGGGAAAUUUCCGGCCUGUUCUUGAUUUCUCUACUAUAGGUGUGCAUGAAUUCUUGACAGCCAACAACAUCCCUGUGCUGUGUUUUAUAGCUCAAAUUUACACUAAAUCAGCAAUCUGAUGACAAGCCUACUGUUGUCUGGAUGAGUUUUGAAGGAAAAAGCUUCUCAUCUGAUUUAUUUUUUUUAAGUUUUGGUUUGUUAUUCAUAACAGGUUACAUAUCAAGGCAUAUUUUAUUUGACCAUUAAUGUUUACAUAAAUUAAUAAAUACAUUUCACUCCUUGUUUAUGUAGUUAUGUUCAAGUGUAAUUAAACAAGUAAUUAAUGUAUUUAUUUGAUUAGAUUUUAGAACUUUAUUGUAUUUAUUUUUGUUGUCCGUUGUAUUACAUAUACUAUAUAAGCAAAACCAUUUCACACCUUGUUUACAUAUUUAUAUUUUUGUGCAAAUUAUUUUAUUUUGCCCACUAUAUUAGUUAACUAAUUAAUUAAUAAAAAAUAUUUUGCAUACUAUAGAAGAAUUAAUUAACUUAAUUUAUGUUUUGUUAUUUAUUAUUUUCCAUUUUAUUAAUCUAUUUAUUUAGUUUUUGUCCACUCUAUUACUAUUAAUUUAUUUUAUUUGUCCCUUAUAUCUCUCCUUAGUACUUCUGCAAAAAAGGAGAGAAGCACAAAUGUUGGAGAUUAAAGGUUAAAGUAAAGUAAUUUUUGUGACACAAAUGUCAACAAAUGGAAAUGCAAAAAUUAUCGGUUCCUGAACACUGUCUCUGUAUUGGUGACUGUGGCAGCAUUGGUGCAUUGCUGCCACAGUGUUUACACUCUUCAGUAACCCAACCUGCAAAUGGCUUACUUAUUUCAGUCCCAUCACUUUGAAUAAAAAGAGA